AUGACAGUGGAAGAAUUACAUGAUGAGGUGAGGGCAAUUGAUGCAAUAUAUCCUGAUUCAGUAACAGACAUAGCACCUCAGAUAUACACAUUUAAAAUCCCAAAUCAUGAAUGCAUAUCAAUUCAAUUGACAUUUCCAGAAAAUUAUCCUGAAGAAAGCCCACAAUUAUUACAAAUAAUUAAUGAUAAUAGAAGUCGAUUCACUGAUAAUACAUAUCUAGAACGAAAUAUAAAUGAAAUAUUACAGCGAGCAUUUGUUCCUGAACAAGUUAUGCUUUUUGAAUUGUUGACUGAAUUGCAAGAAUUCUUCGAUAGGUAUGUGGAGGAACAUCCAGUACCACCAUCACCACCACCAGAGAAGAAAAAGGAUGCUGAAGAAGAAACUGUAACAACAGCUCCUGUGAAAAAGAAAGAAUCAGUGAAUUUGAAAGUUGAAGUAGAUCCAACUAUUGGUUGGAAACAAUCAGAUCCUAUAAUAGAUAGAAAAUCCACAUUUAUAGCAUAUGCCAGGAAAGUAUCUAGUUUAGAAGAAGCUCAAUCUUAUCUCAACGAAUUGAUAACUGAUAAGAAGAUAUCUAGAGCCACUCAUAAUAUUUCUAGUUGGAGAAUCAAAACAUCAGAUGGAAUCCAAUUCCAAGAUUGUGAUGAUGAUGGAGAGACUGCGGCUGGAGGAAGAUUGUUACAUGUUCUACAGAUGAUGGAUGUAUGGAAUGUUAUCGUUGUUGUCAGUCGUUGGUUUGGAGGAAUCCAUUUAGGACCUGACCGAUUCAAACAUAUAAAUUCUGCUGCUAGGGAUGUUAUUAUAAAAGGACAAUUUCUAGAUGCUGAAACUAAUAAUACAAAGAAAAAGAAGAAAUGA